AGGGAGCGCGCAUGACCAGCGUCACGUUACGUAAUUAAUAUUCAUGAGACCUGGCGCCACCCUUAGCCUCAAAAAAGUUAAAUUUGCAUAUAGUUUUAAGCCCUAACUUAGAAUACUUAUGCUUUUAUGAUAACAUGCUAUGAGACUGUGGGAAAUGUCGUUUUUAAUUUGUACUGUUUCUGAGCCCCGUGGCAACUAUUAAUGAUUCAUACUCCGCUGAUAGUUUGACACAAGUUUCCUUCAGCCGCUGCUCAGAGUCUGAACGGACACAACGCUGAUCUCAGAUCUGCUCUCAGACAGAAAGUGGAAGUGAAGAAAACGAAAGUGAUUUCUGACACUCGGACACUUCGCGUUCGUUACCGAGCGUGUUCCGUUCUGAGGCUGUGUGGAUGGACGCGGAUCGGUCACCGGAAGCACCGGAAGCACCGGAGGGCUCGGCUGUGGUUCUCGUGUGUGUCGCGCUCUUCUUCUUCUUCUGUCCGGUUGCGCUCCUGAGACUCGCAGCGAACAUGACACAGUUCUGUGGGAUGAUGAAGAUGCAGCUCUCCGUGUGGAGGAUCAAAUACACUCCGAGCAGCUGCUCAUUCCUCAGACGCUUCCUCAGAUCUUUCCUGGCAGCUGCAGCAGGGGCUGAUGGGAAGGCGUUGGGAGCUGGUGUUCCUCUCAGUGACCUGCGGAGGGCGCCGGCGUGCAGCGGUCCGUUACCGGCUCUGAAGCCCACCGACAGACACACGGUUCUGAUCCGGACUGAUCUGAUGCUGACCGGUGAAGCUCCAGAGCCACAUCCAUCUCCAGAUCAGCUGCAGGACCGCUGGGACCACACACACGCCAAACUACCCUGCUCCACACACAACCUGCUCCCCACGGACCGCACGACCGUCCAGAGCCGAUGGGAUCUGAUUCAUAAAGCGCUGAGUGUCCCGUUGAGAUCUUCUCAUGAUGUGAAGGAUGCUAUAUUGAAAUAUAAUACGGGCCAAGCAAAGAGAUGGGACUUCUCAGCACUACAUUCAUACUGUAAGGCGUCUGAAGCUCAGCAGAUGUUUGGAGAGCUGUUUCCAGCGAUGGCACAGCUGGCACUGAGAGCACCACGCCUCCUCACACAGCCGAUCCCGCUGUUGAGGACGCAGUGCUGUCGAUCUCUCACGCUGUCUCAGGAGCAGGUCUCCUGUCUGCUGGCAAACGCUUUCUUCUGCACCUUUCCUCGAGGAAACUCUCACCGGACGGAGUUCAGCAACUAUCCUGACAUCAACUUCAGCAGGUUGUUUGAAGGUUCGUCUCGGAGUAAGCAGGAGAAACUCAAAACGCUCCUGUGGUACUUUAGACGGAUCACGCAGCAGAGGCCGACCGGUCUCAUCACAUACACCAGACAGUGUCUGCAGCGUUUGCCGUCCUGGCCCAGUUCAGAAAAGCAGUUCGGCAAGCUUCACAUCAGCUGUGAGGGAACCAUCGAGGACCAGGGCUACGGCACGCUGCAGGUGGACUUUGCCAACCGGUUCGUUGGGGGGGGAGUGACUGGUUCUGGUCUGGUUCAGGAGGAAAUCCGGUUCCUGAUAAACCCGGAGCUCAUCGCCGCUCGACUCUUCACUGAAGCACUGGAGGAUAACGAGUGUCUGAUCGUCACAGGAGCAGAGCGGUUCAGCAGAUACUCGGGAUACUCGGAUAGCUUCCGCUGGGACGGAGACCAUGAUGACCAGACGCCGAGGGACGAGUGGCAGCGCAGAUGCACUGAGAUCGUGGCUAUAGACGCCCUGCAUUACACACGAUUCCUGGAGCAGUUUCAGCCUGAAAACAUGAGCAGAGAACUCAACAAGGCCUUCUGUGGGUUCGUGCGUCCAGGAGUCCAGACGGAGAAUCUGUCGGCCGUCUCGACGGGGAACUGGGGCUGUGGAGCCUUCGGAGGAGACAAGCGUCUCAAAGCUGUGCUGCAGAUGAUGGCGGCUGCGGAGGCGGAGCGGGAUCUGAUGUACUUCACGUUUGGUGACGCAGAUCUAGUCAAAGAUGUCCUUCACAUACACAAAAUGAUCACAGACACACACACCACCGUAGGAUCUGUGUUCAGGCUGUUGCUGCAGUAUUAUGAGUGUGUGUGUAAGAAAACUACAAGAAGCAAACCUCAGGAAACACUUUACAGCUUCCUCUCUGAGCACCUGUGACCCCUGACCCCAGCGGCUCGGCCAGGCGGUGCUGUUUUCUGCUCUCAGACGUCGCUGUAUGUGCCUCAAUAAAGCUGUUUUAAAUGUC